GGUCAGGGGGUUUGGCGAGCUGGGUUAACUUGAAGGUUGGGGUAAUUGUCGCUCGAAGGCUCCGAGUUGCGCGAGUGGAUGUAAUUCCUGGCUUUGCAAGAAGAAGGUGUAUCUUGUGCCUUACCUGAUUGGGGGCUCUGAAUCCAGUUCUGUUGUCUUCCACUUAAUCAGACAGACACCAUGGAGGCACCUCCAGUCACCAUGAUGCCCGUCACUGGGGGCACCAUUAACAUGAUGGAAUACUUGUUGCAGGGAAGUGUUUUAGAUCACAGUUUGGAAAGCCUCAUCCACCGCCUUCGUGGUUUGUGUGACAACAUGGAACCUGAGACUUUCCUUGACCAUGAAAUGGUGUUUCUCCUUAAGGGUCAGCAAGCCAGCCCAUUUGUUCUGAGGGCUCGGCGCUCUAUGGACAGGGCAGGGGCACCCUGGCAUCUACGCUACCUAGGACAGCCAGAAAUGGGAGAUAAGAACCGCCAUGCCCUAGUGAGAAACUGCGUGGACAUUGCCACAUCUGAGAACCUCACCGACUUCUUGAUGGAAAUGGGCUUCCGCAUGGACCAUGAGUUUGUCGCCAAGGGACACUUGUUCCGUAAGGGCAUCAUG